AAAAAUGUUUUCAACAAUUACUGGUCUAGCAGAAAAUGCAGCAUUUAGAACUUUGGCUGAUCAAUCUAGAGAAGUAAAUAUGAUGCAAGAAUUCAACUCUGAUCCAAAACGUGCAGAAAAGUUUACUUUAAAGUUGUUGAAUUCAAAUGGAGGUCUUCAACUUUAUUUUGAUUUUUCAAAAAAUAUAAUUGAUGAUUCAAAGUUUAAACAGCUCAUUGAUAUUGCUCGUCAAGCUAAUGUAGAACAAUGGCGUGACAAAAUGUUUUCUGGUGAACAUAUUAAUUUCACAGAAGGCCGUUCUGUUCUACACGUUGCAUUGCGAAAUAGAGAAAAUAAACCGAUUUUGGUUGAUGGAAAAGAUGUAAUGCCUGAUGUUAAUGCUGUUCUUAAACAUAUGAAAGAAUUUUGUGAUCAAGUAAUUAGUGGCCAAUGGACUGGUUAUACUGGUGAAAAAAUUACGGAUGUUGUUAAUAUUGGAAUUGGUGGUUCUGAUUUGGGCCCUUUAAUGGUCACUGAAGCUCUCAAAUAUUAUCAAAAAGGCCCAAAUGUGCAUUUUGUUUCUAAUAUUGAUGGAACUCAUUUGGCUGAGGUUCUUAAAAAAGUCAAUCCAGCAACCGUUCUUUUCAUUAUUGCUUCAAAAACGUUUACAACACAGGAGACAAUUACAAAUGCGGAAUCUGCUCGUGAAUGGUUUGUGACGAAAGCAGGUGAUGCUAAACAUGUUGCCAAACAUUUUGUUGCGCUUUCUACAAAUGCAACUAAAGUCAAGGAAUUUGGUAUUUCUGAAGAGAAUAUGUUUGAAUUUUGGGAUUGGGUUGGUGGUCGUUACUCUCUUUGGUCUGCAAUUGGUCUUUCAAUUGCUGUUCACAUUGGAUUUGAAAAUUUUGAACAAUUGCUUGACGGUGCUUUUCUAGUUGAUAAACAUUUUUGCCAAACACCGCUCGAAUCUAAUAUUCCUGUAGUUCUGGCUGUUUUGGGCAUUCUCUAUAUAAAUUUACAUAAAGCUGAAACACUUGCUUUAUUGCCCUAUGAUCAAUAUAUGCAUCGCUUUGCUGCCUAUUUCCAACAAGGAGAUAUGGAAAGUAAUGGAAAAAGUGUUUUGAGAAAUGGCUCUGGAACUUUGUUACAAACAGGACCAAUUGUUUGGGGAGAACCUGGAACUAAUGGACAACACGCCUUUUAUCAAUUAAUCCAUCAAGGAAAGCAUCUAAUCCCCUGCGAUUUUAUUGCGCCAAUUCAAAGUUUGAAUCCGAUUAGUGGAGGUCUUCACCAUACGAUUUUACUUGCCAAUUUUUUGGCACAAACUGAAGCUUUAAUGAAAGGCAAAUCCUCUGAAGAAGUAGAAAGUGAGCUUAAACAAUCUGGAAUGGACGAAACAAAAAUUAAAGAAAUUUUGCCACACAAGGUUUUUGAAGGCAAUCGACCUACAAACACUUUACUUUUGCCUAAAAUUACUCCAAAUACAUUGGGCUCUUUAAUUGCAAUAUAUGAACAUAAAAUUUUUGUUCAAGGAAUUAUUUGGGGAAUUAAUUCUUUUGAUCAAUGGGGUGUUGAAUUAGGCAAACAAUUGGCUAAAGUAAUCCAGUCAGAAUUACAAAAAGAAGAUAACGAACCAAUAACUACACAUGACUCUAGCACUAAUGCUUUAAUUAAUUUAAUUAAAAAUUACAAGGAUUGA